AUGUCUACUAUCUUGAUUUCCGGCGCCAACAAAGGAAUUGGCCUUGCUCUGGCUAGCAAAUAUCUAGCUCGCAAUAAUGUCACCGUGAUCGCUGCUGUUCGCAACCCAAGCUCAUCGGAGCCAACACUCUCCAGUCUCCCUACGGGGACAGGCAGUCGGUUAAUCAUUGUUAAAAUUGACGCAAGUUCCAACACCGACGCCAAAGCCGCAGUAGAAUCAUUGUCUGGCCAUGGAGUGUCGGCAUUAGACAUCGUCAUCGCCAAUGCAGGAAUCUUCGACCGAGCCGCUUUCACCACCGUUGCCGAAUCCAGCAUUGCCCAGAUUCAAUCUCAUCUAGACGUGAACACUCUCGGACCUAUCCGUCUAUUCCAGGCUACUCUCCCUCUGCUUCAGAAAUCCUCGUCUGCUCGCUUCGUCUUAAUAAGUACUCUAAUGGCAACGAUUGGCGAUAUGAAAGAUGCCCCGUGGACUACUGCGCCUUACGGCGCUAGUAAAGCUGCAGCAAACUUUUUUGUCCGGAAAAUCAAUUUUGAGCAUGAUCAGAUCGCUACGUUGGCUGUUAAUCCUGGGUCGGUCAAAACGGAUUCUGGGAAUGACGCUUGUCGAACAUUAGGCUUUGGCGAGGCUUUCGUAGAGAUUGAGGAAAGUGUUAGCGCAAUUGUCAACAAAAUUGAUGGGUUGACGAAGGAGAACGGUGCCGGGGAGCUUUGGAGCAUCGAUGAUACCACUGUUGCCUGGUAG